GAGGCGAGCGCGAACGCGCCGCGCGUGCACGGCCGAGGCGGGAGCGCGCGUAGAGGCGGUCCGGCUGCUUCAGUUUCUGUAAUCGCUUUUUUUCUGCUACCUUCCUUCAGUUAAAUAGCGACGAGACGAGAACGAGCGGACGGCCCGACUCCGACUACACGGUAUCAUCCAGGAAAAGCGAAUCGGGACUCCACAUCGACGGCCGCUCGCCAGGGCCAAGAUGUCUAGUGAGGUGCAGAGACCAGAUGAUAGCCCCAGCACAAGCGGAGGGAGUUCAGAUAUCGAGCAGCGGGAGACGGCACCUCCUCAGCAGGAGCGUGAUCUGGUUGCACCCAAGAAGAAGGAGACCAAGAUCUCCAGUAAAACCGCGGCCAAACUCUCCACCAGUGCCAAGAGGAUUCAGAAGGAGCUUGCAGAAAUCACACUUGACCCUCCACCGAACUGCAGCGCUGGUCCCAAAGGAGACAACAUCUAUGAAUGGAGGUCAACUAUUUUAGGACCACCGGGCUCUGUGUAUGAAGGAGGGGUCUUUUUCCUUGACAUUGCAUUUACACCUGACUACCCAUUUAAACCACCCAAGGUAACAUUUCGUACGAGGAUCUACCACUGUAACAUCAACAGUCAAGGUGUGAUCUGUCUGGACAUCCUGAAGGACAACUGGAGUCCUGCCCUCACCAUCUCUAAGGUGCUGCUGUCCAUCUGCUCUCUACUCACAGACUGUAACCCAGCGGAUCCUCUGGUCGGGAGCAUCGCCACACAGUACUUGACCAACAGAACGGAACAUGACAGAAUAGCUAAACAGUGGACGAAGAGAUACGCCACAUAAAGCGGGCCGUACAGUAUCGCUCCCUUCCUCGACACAAACACACACUAUAUCCCCCCUCAGCCCUACUGUGCCUCUACCUCUCCCCGUCUGCUGAAAGCACACUCACCAAGUGCAACAAUAGAUCUGGCCCUUCCUUCCAACUUCCUGUAGACCUUUCUGUGAAGAAACUGUCCUUUGUUCCUUGUUGACUUGAAAGCUUCUUUUUAUACAAAGAGUAGAUUGGGACUUUAUUUUCCAAUUAUCUGAAUGUUUGAAUUACCUUAGGAGAAAAGGAAUACUAUUGUUAUUAUUAUUAUUAUUAUUAUCAUUAUUGUUGUUAUUAUUAUUGUCCUUCAACUUAAUGUAUGUAUAUCCUUUCUUUUUAAGUGGCAUCAGGAACAAAUACAGCUUAUGAACUACUUUGUUUUUCUCAUCACCGUAUAGUGUAUCUCUUUCUUUUCUCCUCUCUCCUUUUGUUAGAAGUCAGUAAGAUUUCCAUGCAUGUAAACGGAUGACCAGUCGCAUCCUUUCAACUCCAAACCUGACCCUCUUGUUUUGUUUGUAUGUAUUUUUUAAAGUCAUGGCAGCCACUUGACGAUAGGCUUGCUUGUGAAUUAAAAAAAAAAUGAAAAGGAAAAAAAAAAAAAAGAUGUGUACAUAUUGCUACAUGCCACCUCUGGCCAGAAUGGACUGUUGUGCACUUGCUUCAUGAAAAACACCAUAAAUAAACACUGUGGCUGAAUUGUCAUUUCUUGUAUGUAACGUAUGUAUUGUAUGUUCAGUGCAUGUGUUUUUCUCUCUAGUGUUACGCAUGACUUCCUGUGCAUCUGUCACAGCGCUUUAAACAUCAGUCACACUAUACUACAUAAUACAUAGGACAUGUUUAUCAUUACUGGAUUGUGGCUAAUAACUAUGUCUGAUUGGCUUAUCAGAAGUGUUUCAAAAUUUGACAGACUUGUCAACAGAUGCACAGGAAGUCAUGCUUGAAAAGAUUUGCUUUUCAAACGUUUAAAAUAGUAAAUAUUGUGUAAAAUAACUUAUUUAAAGUCAGCAAUUUACUGUAUUUGCUGUAUUUAUAAUUCAUAUAUCCAGCAUCAUCUGCCCUGCUCUCUUGAUAUCAGCAUCAGACAAAACCAAUAUAGGUGAAGAACUAAUCAUUAAUUUUUUAAAAAUUGUCCG